AUGGCUUGGGGACAGAAGAGUAAGCUCCACACCUGUGAGAAACGCCACCAAGCCCGAGGUGGGAUCCAGCAUCGGAGGAGUGCUCAGGCCACUGCAGCCAAGGAGAAAGCAUUCCGCUCUUUGGCCCCACCUCCCUUUGGUGUUCUGACUCACAGGAAGCCUGCUUCUAGGUCAUGUAGAGCCCUAGCCACCAAGUCUGCAGGUGUUUCUUGCACAAGAUCAUACCAAGGCGCCAACUGCAAAAUUGAGAAAAAGCCAAGUUCCUCCCAAGCCCCACUCACCAUUGUGCAGUCUCAAGGAGACCCUGUAACCAAAACAACGGGUAUUUUGGUGCAGUUCCUGAUACACAUGUACAAAAGGAAAAAGCCCAUCACGAAAGCCAAUAUGCUGAAGAUUGUCAAUAAGAAGUAUAAAAAUCGCUUCCUUAAGAUCCUCAGAAGAGCCUCUUUCAGCUUGGAAGUGGUUUUUGGUGUUGACUUGAAGGAAGUCAAUUCCACCAAACAUUCCUAUAUCCUUGUCAGCAAGAUGGACCUCCCCAACAAUGGGACUGUAAGCCAUGGCAGAGGAUUUCCCAAGACCGGUCUCCUGAUGAAUCUCCUGGGUGUGAUCUCCAUGAAGGGCAACUGUGCCACCGAAGAGAACAGGGAGUUCCUGAAUAAGAUGAGAGUCUAUGCGGGGAAGAGGCACUUCAUAUUUGGGGAACCCAAGAAGCUCAUCACCCAAGAUUUGGUGAAGCUUAAGUACCUGGAGUACCGCCAGGUGGCCAACAGUGAUCCAGCACGCUAUGAGUUCCUGUGGGGCCCGAGAGCCCACGCAGAGACCAGCAAGAUGAAAGUGCUAGAGUUUGGGGCCAAGAUUAAUCAUACAGUCCCCAGUGCCUUCCACUCUUGGUAUGACGAGGCUCUGCGAGAUGAGGAAGAGCGAGUCAAAGCCACGGUUACACUCCGAGCUGAGACGGAUGCCAUGGCCAGUGAAUGUUCCAAGGAGUGUCCAGCAGCACCUCCCACACCCAAUGAAGUUGAGGCGGAUUCUUCACAUUGUGGCUGA